AUGGUCACCGUUCACGUCUUUUCCGAGCCUUCUGUUGGUUCUGAUCCACCUCCACCAACCUCAUCUCAGCCGACUCUUCCUAUUGACCUUACUUCGACACCCGAGACGUACCAAACCCAAGUCACACCACCGGGUUCCCCUUUACCACAUCCAACCACACCAAAACCACAAACCCGGGUCAACUACUAUGGAUGCUUGUCACCUGGCCCACCGGAACAUCAGCCACGAUUGUCGAAGGCACCUCGUGAACAGUCUUUCCGGAUUCAUCGUGGCAUACCAAUGAAUCCGAGUUGGCGUUAUUUACCGGAGGUGGCGAAUUGGAUUGACCAGUGCUUUCAUUGUGGUCAAUUCGGGCACCGACAAGCGCUUUGUCCUGAUCGUAAAGGUGCUCGAGCGGCUGAGCAUUUCGACGACUGGCGUCUGGUGAGGUUUGGCCCAUGUGGCCCGAAGAAGUUAUACAGUGUAAGGGCUCUUUGGCCCUCGGUGAUUGCCAUUGAAGGCCCAGUUAUUGAAACCUUGGAAGCUGAUAAUGAAGCUUCAGACGCUAUGAUGUUGGACGUACACAUAUCAACCUCUUCAAUCGACAAACCUCCGGCCAUCCCUUGGUCUACUCGUCCGAUUCCCUUGGAAUCAGCUUUGGCAGAGUUAUUUGUGGAUGCUGGUUGUGCCUGCCCUUGUCAUGAUUAA